AACACACUAUGGCCCAACUCCAUCUCACUCUCGCCAACCUUUGAUUCCACUCUCUGCUCUUCUAAUGCCAAACCAAACAUCAAGUAAGCUUAUAGCGGACGAUGCUUCAUUUGGAAAGCAACGCAUCUAGUCAGCUUUUCAUUCAAAGCUUCACUUUAAUUAACAUUUUAAUUUUUGUUUUGAGUUAACCCUAGAACAAAAAUAUCUUUUUUAAGUUACAAGGUCGCUCUUGAAACAGCCAAAAACCAUGCCCAGACUAGCUAUUAGUUAUUGUGAGCAGUCACUGAGGUCUUUCUCGGUGUGUAGUUCAAUAAGACCAGUGGAGUCCCUCAACCCCAGGUCCUUCAUCUUAGCCCUCGUCCAAUGCCGCCACCGGAACGAGAUCAAGCGCGUCCACGCCUACGCCAUCACCACAUCCAUGAUCCGAAACCUCGGCGUUGCAAACAAGCUCAUGUACAUCUACGCCGAUCACAAGGAUUUGCACAACGCAUCCGCGCUCUUCUCCCGGAUGGAUCACCGCGACAAUGUCUCUUGGAGUGUCAUGGUUGGCGGUCUCGCUAAGACUGGUGAUUAUCUGAGAUGUUUGGAGAUUUUCAGGGAAUUCGUUAGGUCUGGGGCUUGUGCUGAUAACUUCACCAUUCCUUUCGUGCUUAGGGUUUGUCGUGAUACGGAGUCUGUGCGAAUGGGGUUGGAAAUUCAUCAUCUUGUUUACAAGUUUGGAUUGCAGUCGGAUGUGUUUGUGGCCGCGGCAUUGGUUGAUAUGUAUGUGAAAUGUGGGUUUUUGGAGGAUGCACGGAAGGUGUUCGAUAAAAUGCGCACAAAGGAUUUGGUGUCAUGGACUGUGAUGAUUGCUGGGUAUGCUGAGUGUGGGAAUCCAGGGGAGGCAUUAGUCUUGUUUGAUCGGAUGCAGGAGAGUGGCAUUGUCCCUGAUAAGGUAAUGAUGGUGACGGUUGCAUUCGCUUGCGCAAAACUUGGUGCUAUGCAUAAGGCCAAGAUUGUCCAUGAGUAUAUUGGGAGGAGGAACUUCUCAUUGAAUGUUAUCUUAGGGACUGCGAUGAUUGAUAUGUAUGCCAAGUGUGGGAGUGUGGAUGCUGCUAGGGAGAUCUUCGAUCGAAUGAAUGAAAAGAAUGUCAUUACUUGGAGUUCUAUGAUGUCAGCUUAUGGAAUUCAUGGGCAUGGAAGGAAGGCUAUUGAACUGUUUCCUCAGAUGUUGGAAAGUGGGAUUAGACCGAAUAGAAUCACAUUUGUUUCGAUAUUGUAUGCUUGUAGUCAUGCUGGUUUGAUUGAUGAGGGAAGACGAUUCUUUUAUUCAAUGUGGAGGGAAUACUUGGUAGAACCUGAUGUGAAGCACUAUACUUGCAUGAUAGACCUUCUUGGUCGUGCGGGCCGGCUUGAUGAGGCAAUAGAAUUGAUUGAGAAUACCCCUGUAGAAAAGGAUGAAGGGUUUUGGGGUGCAUUCUUGGGUGCGUGUCGGAUCCAUGGGAAUAUACAAUUUGCAGAGAAGGCUGCAAAAGCCCUUCUAGAACUUUGCCCGAGAAACGCAGGUUAUUAUGUGCUGCUUUCCAAUAUAUAUGCAAAAUUCAGUCGGUGGGAAGAUGUGGCCAAAAUGCGAGAGCUUAUGACUAGCAUGAGAGUGAAGAAGACUCCAGGUUGGUCAUGGAUUGAGAUAAAUAAUGAAAUCCAUCAGUUUAGAGUUGGUGAUAAGAACCAUCCACGGUCAAAGGAAAUCUAUGAAAUGCUAAAGGUUUUGAGUGAAAAAUUGGAGCUCGCCGGCUAUGUUCCUGAUACAAAUUUUGUGCUUCAUGAUGUUGAUGAAGAACUAAAGGCUGCGUAUUUGUACACUCACAGCGAGAAAUUAGCGACUGCAUAUGGUCUUCUUGCUACACCUGAGGGUACAACUAUUAGGAUCAUUAAGAAUCUUAGAGUCUGUGGUGACUGUCACACAUUUAUGAAGUUAAUAUCAGCAAUCACCCAAAGAGAGAUUGUUUUCCGGGAUGCAAACAGGUUUCACCACUUCAAGGAAGGUUCCUGCUCUUGUGGAGACUAUUGGUGAUGAAACGCUAUUUUUACUUGAAGGAUUAGACAAUCUAUCUUCAAUUCAAUGAUCAAUUCUUUCAAGGAUUAUCAUGAAGAAACUAGUGGGCGAGCAUCAAACACUUUAGGAAGGCAUUUAUCUUUCGGUGAGUCAGAUUGUUCAAAUUAGAGAGGUUUCUAUGCUAACGCCAAUCUGUUGCUACCAAUUCUGUUGUUAUGCCUGGGUUCAAUGUAUUAGUUGCCUAAGAAAUCUUGAGCAUAAGCAGCUCAAGGACAUGCAGAUAACUAUGCUUAUUCUUGAUCUUAUCACUCAUUACUUACGUUGAUUAUUGUUUCUGUCGGUGUAUUGUCAUAUCUUCAAAGGGAUUAAUACUUUUGGAAUUUAGGCAUUGAAAAUUGCUUAGCAUUGGAACCGUUAGAAUUUCUGAGAUGCAUAUAUCAAGCUUACUAUUUCCUAAUAAUUUGCUUGUCUUUUGUGGUGU